GGCCGGGUCUGCACUGGGCCAAGCAAGAUGGCGGCCGUGGAGACGGAGUCGGCACCUCUGACCCUAGAAUCGCUGCCUACCGAUCCGCUGCUCCUCAUCUUAUCCUUCUUGGACUACCGGGACCUAAUCAAUUGUUGCUAUGUCAGUCGAAGACUUAGUCAGCUCUCAAGUCAUGAUCCGCUGUGGAGAAGACAUUGCAAAAAAUACUGGCUGAUAUCUGAGGAAGAGAAAGCACAGAAGAAUCAGUGUUGGAAAUCUCUCUUCAUUGAUACUUACUCUGAUGUAGGACGAUACAUUGAUCAUUACGCUGCCAUUAAGAAGGCCUGGGACGAUCUCAAGAAAUAUCUGGAGCCCAGAUGUCCUCGGAUGGUUUUGUCUCUGAAAGAGGGUGCACGAGAGGAAGACCUAGAUGCUGUGGAAGCUCAAAUUGGUUGCAAGCUUCCUGAUGACUAUCGAUGUUCAUAUCGUAUCCACAAUGGGCAGAAGCUAGUGGUUCCUGGGUUGUUGGGAAGUAUGGCGCUGUCUAAUCACUAUCGUUCUGAGGAUUUGUUAGAUGUCGAUACGGCUGCUGGAGGCUUCCAGCAGAGACAGGGACUGAAAUACUGUCUCCCUUUAACUUUUUGCAUACAUACUGGUUUGAGUCAGUACAUAGCAGUGGAAGCGGCGGAGGGCCGAAACAAAAAUGAAGUUUUCUACCAAUGUCCAGACCAAAUGGCUCGGAAUCCAGCUGCUAUUGACAUGUUUAUCAUAGAAUUACCUAGAUAUGUUCAUGAUCCAGAGUGUGUAGCAACAACUGGGGAUAUUACAGUGUCAGUUUCCACAUCGUUUUUGCCAGAACUGAGCUCUGUACAUCCACCCCACUAUUUCUUCACGUACCGAAUCAGGAUUGAAAUGUCAAAGGAUGCACUUCCUGAGAAAGCCUGUCAGUUGGACAGUCGCUAUUGGAGAAUAACAAAUGCUAAAGGUGAUGUAGAAGAAGUUCAAGGACCUGGAGUAGUUGGUGAAUUUCCAAUCAUCAGCCCUGGUCGGGUAUAUGAAUACACAAGUUGUACCACUUUCUCUACAACAUCAGGAUAUAUGGAAGGAUAUUAUACCUUCCACUUUCUUUACUUUAAAGACAAGAUCUUUAAUGUCGCCAUUCCCCGAUUCCAUAUGGCAUGUCCGACAUUCAGGGUGUCUAUAGCUCGAUUGGAAAUGGGUCCUGAUGAAUAUGAAGAGAUGGAAGAGGAAGAAGAACAGGAGGAGGAAGACGACGACGAUUCGGCAGAUAUGGACGAAUCUGAUGAAGAUGACGAGGAGGAGAGGCGGAGGAGAGUCUUCGAUGUUCCCAUUCGCAGACGCCGCUGCUCUCGCCUUUUUUAGCGAGCCUCUGCUGAUGGAAGCACUGGAAUGAAUCCAGCCUGUUACAUAGAUUUCUUAAUAAUGUAAAUCACUAAAUUGUCCUCAGCAUAUAGCAAGAAAACUAGCAUGAAAUAGUGUUCCAGGCCCUGGGUUCUACGCGACUACAUUAGGAAUUGAAUUGUUUGGGUGUACUUUGUGUUUUUGAGGUAGAGGAUGAAAUAGGGGAAUAGUUCUCUAGCUAAGGAACAGACAUUUCUUUGUUUCAAAAUAUUUUAUACUUAUAAAAAUAUGGAAAUGGGAGGGAAUUGUUUUGAAUCAGGAUUUGAAAUAUAGCAGAAAUACCUACCCAAGGAUAGUGAGAAACUGUGUGACUGAAUAAUUCUGUGAAAAGACUUCUUGCAGUUGUGAGUUAUUUAGAAAUUAACAGAAUUUGUAAUUAGGCUAAUCCAUUUAGUGAUUCCUAUAUAUUUUGUACUCACAGGGAGCUAAUUGACUAAAUAACUGGAGUGCUAGUUGUUUUGUCCUUAAUUAGACAAUCUGUCCUUAAAGUUUUCAUCAUUACGACCUUGAAUUUACUCUAUAUCACUGAGCUUCACUUUGAAUUUAGCCUUCAACUCGACAACCUUGAAUUUAAUUUAAAAUCUUCAACAUCCAUGAAUUUAAUUUAAAGUCUUCAAUGCUAUGACUUUUAUUGUAUUGUUCACAGAUGCAUCGUUUUUGAAAUGUAGUGUGUAAAAGUCUGUAUUGUGUUGUUUAUUAACAAAAAAUUCUUCAUGUCUCAUUUAGCCCAAAUUUGUAAAUACUGCUUCUGUUUUGUUUCUUCUUUAUACACUUGACUGUCUAACUUUGUGUGAUAAGUGACAUGAAUUUUAUGUUAAGAUUAAGUAUGUUUUCCUGAAACAUGAAAUUUUUUUUUUUAAUUAUAUAGUUGAGAGUUUGGAAUGAAAUCCUCCAAGUGUCAAAAACUCACAUUUUAAAAGCAACUUUUGGUUCCGAUGCUGUAUUUUGUGUAAUUGCCUGUUGUCUAUAAACGAAUACUAAUAAG